AUGGACAACACAAACGACCACACUGACAACACGAGCAGUGCCACAGACUUACUUGGCACUCGGGUCCCUCAGAACCCAACUGUGAAAGCACUGUCCACAGACCCUCUGGUGUUGGAGUCCCCUCAGAAGUUCUUCCUGCGCAUGAAGCAGAAAUUGCAGCAGCAGAAGCAACAAGGUCCAACACCUUCCAACCCAGUCAGGCAGAACAUUCCUCCUUCCACAACUACAGAAGUGCCAUUAGUCAAACCUGCUUUUUCUGAGCAGCUCAGGAAUUAUCAUCUGGAGUGUGUGGACAAUGAUAAGGGUGAUGAGGAUAAUUUCCUUGUGGAAUCAAUGGAUGCUGAUGAUGAAAUGUCUGUCAAUACAGUGACUACUUCUGUAAUCUCUGCCCCUGUCAAAAAUGGGGAUCAGUUACAAGAAAGGCGGGGAAAUGGAAAAGCAAAACAUACUGAACUUCAUCAAGACAGAAGAGAGUUACAGCCACGUCAUAAGCAAGCUGCUCAUGAAGUGGGAAAGAUACUGGAGAACAAUUCUGAAGAGCUCUCCCAGUGCUUUCUUGAUAUUCUGCUCUCUCCUCCCAGAGUCCACAUUCCAAGGAAGGAAAAGGCAAAAGAAGGCUCUAAGGUCGCUUUGGAAAAACGUCCUACAGAUCAAGUUGUUGGCAAAGCAGACAAAGAGAAAAAUGUCUGCCUAACCAGCUGGAGAAUUAGGGUGAUGGAUGGCAACACAGCAAUAUAUGUUGAAGGAAAACGGAAGGAUAUGAAGAACCUGCCCUGGCGCAGUAACGCCAUCACGGAGCGCGUCGCCCACAACCAGGUGAAAACAUCAUCUGGCAACAUCUACCUGCUGGAGGGAAACAUGGAUGAAACUUCCAUGAGUAAAGAAGGAUUUCCCUACCGUUUCAUCAGAAGAUUCAAAUAUGGAUUUUCCAGAAAGUGGAAGGAAUAUGUUGAGGAGUUUCUUAUGGAAAGAAGAAGGAAAGAACGCAAACAAAACACCAGUGAGGGUGAAGAUGAAGACAGUGACUCGGUGGGUACGGACGUGUUGGAAAAUGCAAAAGGCUCAGCAAGAGAUGUAAAGAAACCUGAAACCAGGAACACCACCUAUGAAGUGUCACCGAAGAAUGGUGAGAAUGCUUCUGUGACACCACCCCCACGGGACAGUUCUGUGCUGAACGACGGAGUUUACACGCGCAGCGGGCGCCGCGUUCAGCCGCCGCUGAACUUCUGGUGUGGGCAGCGAGAGUUUGUGGAUCAGGAACUCAACGUCACUGUCCAACAGGGUGGGAUCGACUAUUUGAGCAUGAUGUUCAGUACCACAAAACACAAAAAACCCACCAGAUCUACCUCUAAGAAGAAUACAGGAAAGAAAGAAAUGAAGACAACAGAAGAAACAUCAAAAAGCCAAAGUAAAGGGAAAAACCAUGAGAAAGAAGUAAGUUCCAUAAGAGAGACCAAGUCUGCUGGAAGCAAGGAGGCCAGGCGCUUUGUUUCAGAUGAUGAGGAGGGUGAUGGUGCAGUCACUAGAACAAAAGCUAAAGCACAGCUUUCUGUCAGGCUGACUCCCCUGAAUACUGCAGCACUAAACGAACAUCACUCCAAGAGCAGAACCUCAGCAGUGACAAAGGAAAAAGGAGGAACAGAGUAUCGAGAACUGACUUUGUCUCGGGAGACUUUCAGGUACUCUUUAAGGUCAGUCAAACCACUUCAAGGCAAGCAUUUAACAGAAAAAUCAUCAAGCAAAGAUGAGGAAGAAGAAUCCAGUGAAGAUAUGCCACUGUUUAUCAAAAGGAAGAAUAAACCUCUAUUAAAACAUGAGGUGCAAAACUCUAAACCUUCCUCUAACUAUAAAAGUUCCCAGCAUGAUGCAAACAAGGUGCCAUGUGAACAAAGGGCAGCAAAACACUCUGCUGCCUCCCUUGAUGGGCCCUUGAGGCAAAGUGUGACCACAUCCACUGAUGGUUCUGAUUUAUUUGAAGGAAAAACAACUAAUGAGUCUAGUAAUUCCCAUCUGCCUGAUAAGGAAACAAGGACAAGAAGAAGAACCAACUCACAGACUUACUUGCUUUCAUCUGACACUGAGUCUGAAGCCAGUGAAGAGGAAUUUCAAGUAAAAAAACAAAACACAAAUGCAUCUGGCAAAAAACCAAACUGUCAAGUUUCUCAUACUGCCAAGUCUUCAGCAGGAAAAUCAAGAGAACCUGAGAGGGAGAAGGUGCAGAAAUCUCUAGAACUUUUUCCAAGGGCGACAGAUGGUUGGUCUGAAAAGGAGUUACAGAAGCUCUACAGGGCCGUCGCCUCCUUCCCCAAGCACCGCGGCGGCUUCUGGCUGGAGGUGGCCAUGGCCGUGGGGUCCCGCUCUGCUGAGGAGUGCCAGCACAAGUAUGUGGAAGAGCAACAGGCAAAAGGUGGAAAAACGCAGGCCAAGAGGACAGCCACUUCAGGAAAACCAGGAAAGAAAGAAAAGAAAGAGCCAGUUACAAUAAAUGCCAAAGUGGGAACCUUCAAAAGAAAGCAGCAGAUGAGAGAUUUCCUGGACCAUUUGCCAAAGGACAACCACGAUGAUAUUUUCACUGCGACGCCCUUUCAGAACAGAAGAGUAAAGUUGCCAACGUUGCGAGGAAGCCGAGAUGAUGAUGAUGACUUUGCACUUACGGAUCACCCCCUCACCCCCUCCUCAGCUGUCUUCCCAACGGUGAAAACUCCUCAGUGUGGGCAUAUCAGCCCUGGGAUGCUGGUACCCAUCAACAGGAACGACUGCGACAGGCACGUGUUCAGGAUGCAGAAGAACACACGGGGCAGCAAAGGCACCUGGGACAACAUCAAGAAGUCGGCUGGAGGGCUGCUCGGGACACCAGCGUCACACAGAACCAAGUUCAGUUUUGAGAAAAAAAGGCCUCAGAGCCCCGGGGUGGGGAAGCUCUUUGCAGCGGAGGCAACAGAUUCAUCAGAGGAAGAACAGGCCGAUUCCUACUGCUCCCUUUGA